AUGAACGAGCCCAAUGACACAAUAGAUUGGUUUGCUUUGAUUCUGCUGGAGGUCAAUCUUCAUGUUUUCCAAGAAGUGUGGACGCAGAACGUGGGAUAUUUCUUCGAGUGUGCUCAGCGAAAAGUUGUCUUGAUGAACGUCUGUCAAUUCCUUUUUGCCAAGGAGUCGACCUCCCCCACCCUCCUUGCUAUCAUUCUCAGAUUCCUCGUCGACAGGCUUCCUGAGCUCGGGGAGUACGAUGAUCUCAAGGCCGCAGCUACCAUUCGCCUGUACAAGAUGGCCUUCGGAGCCGUCGCGGCUCAUCCUGCGAAUAACGAACCUAUCCUGGCUUCUCACUUGGCUAAGCUACUCAUGGACUGUUUCCCGCUUGCCACCAAAGCCACCAAGCCAACUCAUUAUUUUCAUUUACUUCGAGCACUUUUUCGAGCGAUCGGAGGGGGAGGUGGUCGGUUUGAACUACUCUAUAAAGAGGUUCUUCCCCUCCUUCCCGACAUGCUGGAGUGUCUCAACAAGCAAUUGCUAGCGUCGGAAGGCCAAACCAGGGAUAUGAUAGUUGAGCUGUGUUUGACCGUCCCUCUUCGAUUGACACAUUUACUUCCUCAUCUAUCAUAUCUCAUGCAACCCUUGGCUCUAGCUCUACGGGGUAGCCAGGAAUUAGUCUCGCAAGGACUUCGAACGCUUGAAUUAUGCAUCGACAAUCUCACACCAGAUUUCUUGGAUCCCACCCUAAGCAUAGUGCUAAGGGAGCUCAUGGAGGCUCUGCACAGCCAUUUGAAACCCCUUCCCUCAAAUCACCUUCUGUCCCAUACCACUAUCCGUAUUUUAGGAAAGUUGGGAGGCAGGAACAGACGUCUGUUGUCCAAAGAACCUGCUCUGGAAUACAUACACCACUCAGAUCUCCCUAAGGUGGCAGUGUCGUUUGGAGGGUCCUUGCAAAAAAUUUCUAUGCAACCAGUCGGGACACUCGCAUCCCGCAUUCUAAGCAACCCUACGAAUACUACCGACACAGUUCUGGCCUAUGACUAUUUGGAAAAAUGCCUAUGUUUGAUGGUCCACGAUGGUGUCAAAGGCCGUAAUGCGGAAGAAUUCUUCACGAGGGCGUUAGAAGCAAUCUUCGAUGCAACGAAUAUCUCCGAUACGAAGGAGAAGGCUGAGCAGUUUAUCCGAAAGCUCUCUCUGGCCAUUUUUGAGAUAGAACUUCGAAAACCUCACAGCCGGGAAAACACUCAGCGGACUUUACUCUCUCCUUUGUUGGAUGCCAUUCCUCACGCCUUGGCCCGUGAGAAUGCUGGCCAAGCUCGAGCCGCGCAAGACCUCAUGACAUCAGUACUCGAGGACCUGGUGGCAUCGGCUCGACAAAACAUUACAAUCGUCCCUGAGAUCUAUCCCGUUCUCCACCAGAUUGCCAACCGUUUCUGCUCCUUAUGCUAUGACCACGCAUGGCCAAGAAAGGCAGCUGGUUGCAUCGGCAUCAAAGUCAUGACAACUACGCCUGAAGUAGGAGAAAAAUGGGUUCGCGACCGGGGAGGAGAUCUAGUUCGUACACUCAUACAUGUUUUGAAGGACUUACCAACCGACCUUCCUGAUGUCGCCAAUAUCGUCGAUCUUCUCACGACCGUCAUCAAAAUAGGCAGCGCUGAUUUUGAUUUCAGAUCUGCGGAAUCAUCAGUAGCCCGCUCGAAACUACUCAAUCUCGCCGGAAUCCUGUUUCCAGAGCUUUCGAGCAUCAAUUCGGCCGUUAGACAGGCCGUACAGACCUGUAUUGGCCUUUUGGUCGAGUACGGUGGGUUAUCCGCGAUGGAACUACUUACCCCUCAUCGCGAACGAAUAGUUGUCGGUAUUUAUGCCAAACCACUUCGGGCUCUACCCUUCCCAAUCCAGAUUGGUAUCAUUGAAGCCGUACGCUACUUGAUCAGUCUCGAUCCACCUUUGCUGGAGUUAAAUGAUGAGCUUCUCCGUCUCCUGCACGAAACAUUGGCUCUGGCAGAUGCUGACGACAACUCGUUACUCAGUAGGAACAACGUCCGUCAGGGGGUCAUCGAAAUGACGAAGCUCAGGGUCGUUUCAAUAAAACUGCUGACUGCAUCCAUGCCGUUGACCGAUUUCUUCUCCAGACAACACCAAACGAGACAACGAGUUACUGGUGUCUAUUUCAAAUCCUUAUAUUCACCUUCUCUCGAGGUGAAGGACGUUGCACACGAAGGGUUGAGAAUGGUGCUCCUGCAUCAAAGCAAGUUGCCGAAAGAGUUGCUCCAGACCGGCUUGCGACCGAUUCUGAUGAACUUGGCCGAUCCGAAGCGGUUAUCGGUUCCCGGACUUGAGGGGCUCGCUCGCCUGUUGGAGUUAUUGACCAAUUAUUUCAAAGUCGAAAUUGGCCAUAAGCUGUUAGAUCACUUCCGAAUAGUUGCCGACCCACAGAUGCUUCAAGCAUCCUCCCGCUCACCGUUGGGAGAGAAUGAAGGCAUCACGAAGCUCGUACGACUGGCGAAUAUCUUCCAUCUCUUACCCUCAUCAGCCAAUAUAUUCUUAGAGAAUUUGGUUAAUGCCAUUGUGCAAACGGAAGCACAGAUGCACUUCUCUGGCCAGAGUCCAUUCUCUGAACCUUUAGCCAAGUAUUUGGAUCGUUACCCCGUGGAUGGCGUUGAUUUCUUCAUUCGCCAUCUCAAAUUUCCACGGCAUCUCCGCACGUUUCGCAGCAUGUUGCAAGCGGGUUUGGCCCCUAACCUUUUGCGCGUUCUGGCUUCUCGAACACACCUUAUCAUGCAACAAGAGCUCAGAGGACAUGAGCAACCCCUUCCUACUCUUUCAUUGUUCUGUGAUUUAGCCAAGUUGAUACCCGACUGGAUCAGAGAGCACAAAUGUGUCGUACCAGUCCUUCUGGAGAUCUGGCGUUCCAGUGACCCUCAUGUUGAAGAUACUCCUGGGGCAAUAUUGGAUAUGAUACAGCGUCAUGAACACUUGAUUGACAUUUUCCGACACGCCCUACAAGACAGUCCUCGAAUUGAUCUCAUCUUCGAGAUCAUAGUCGUUUACACACGUAACCUAGAGAUCGACCUCAACCGACUGACAACAUUCCUCUACAAGCACGUUGCACUCAGCGAGGAUGUGUUCUUCCAACGGAGUGCCUUGUUGCGAUUCCUUACAUGGUUCGACGGGUCUUCAGCAACUUGGUCUCACAAGGCAUCCUUUAUGCGUUAUGUUUUGACACCUACACUUCUCGUACAUGCACACAGGUUCCCUUCAGCCCAGCACCUUAUCGACGCCUCGUUUAUUAACCGCGUCCAUCGACUGAUCUGGCGGCGUGUCACAGAAUCGGCUACCUUCGCAGAUGCUGACGACAUGUUCAAAAUCGAAAUUCUUCAUUUUACCACAGUUCUUGUACAACAUUAUUCACACCUUGUUGGUCAUCUGGCAAAAGAUCUAUUGAAAUGUUCUUGGCAUUAUAUCGGGACUACCGAUGAUCAUAUCGUCAAGCAAACCGCCUACCUUCUUAACGCUCGCUUCUUCGCUGCGUUUCCCUCUCCAUCCAAAUUCAUUCUUCGCACUUGGACCGGACUUCUUCGCGCUCCUUCCGAAGGGACUACACCUCAGCCUCCAACCACACUACGGUUCGAAGGAUUGAUCGCACUAGCUUCGUCUCUCUCUUCUGUCGAGAUGGCGGACAAUGGUUACCCACAAUGGGCGGUAACGGCCCGACGCUUGUUAGCAGAGGAAGGGUUAUCUCAACUGACUAUAUUCUACCUCAUUGUGAAACUACCCGCCUUAUUCUAUCCCGUUCGGAAGUUAUUCGUGACCUACAUCGUCAACUCCUUGCAAAAACUUGGCCUAAUAGUGAACUCAACGACAGAUUCAAGAUUACUGUCGAUUGACCUAUUACAGGUCAUAUUCAAUUGGGAACAACAAGCCCAGGAAGAUGCCCGUGGCAACAAUAAAUCUGAUGAAAACACAGAGUGGUUCACACCCUUGGGUUACCGGGAGAAUAUAGUGAGCUAUCUUGUUCGCCUCGCCACUCUAAAUCACGAGAUCUCCGGGCGGACCAUCAUCAUGCCGCGUGCGAUUCCUGUUCUGCAGCAGAUGAUUGGUCCCAACGGUUGGACUGACGUUGCAUUCGGUCUCCGAUACUUCUCUAGAGCCCUUGAGCAGAGUGAUUUUACGUCUGAACCAUUGUUGAUUCAUGCAGUCGCAUCGGCAAAGACACUGCAGAUCAUAUCCGCAGAACAAGAUGAUACUUGGUAUACUGCCAAUGCUUCCACGCUUGAAAGACUGGUUCGCAAAGGAAUAACUAGCGAUGAUCAUGGAUUACAUGAUUCUUUACAUCCCAUAUUCGCGCGUCUGGUCCGUCUUUUCCCUCUCCCGAAGGAGGAAGAAGAGCAACAAAGCGAACUAUCGGAGUUCCAUUCAUUCAUCUACUCAGCAAUCGGGGAAGGUUUGCGAAAUACUACAGGCCUCCGAGGCAUCCUACUGAUGCUCAAAUCAGUCGUUGAAGUCGUACCGGAGCGCGUUGAGGCUUUCAGUCAGCUUCUAAUGAAGCUGCUGGGGAAGGUAUUGAAAGAGCACAUCAAUGCACCCUUAUCAACAGUGCUGGACAGUAGUUCGCGUUUGCUCAUCUCUAUUCUCGAUAUAUGCCAACUAUCAAUGGCGUUCCUCGGUGAACAAAGGAAAUGGAUGCUCAGCAACCUCGUCGUCAUGGUGGAGAAAUCCAAAAACCUCCCACUUUGCCAAUACAUCCUCAACCUAGUCAGAACCUGGACACUCGUGAAGCAAGAUACCUACCCCACAAUGAAGGAGAAGGCACAGAUUCUUCUCAAGAUGGUCUCAUUCGAAUCACGUGCUGAUAACCUUUUCCACUCCUUCCUCGAACUGGUUUAUGAAAUCUACACAGAACCGACCUUACGAAGAAGCGACAUGACUUCCCGCCUCGAGCCACUGUUUUUUGUCGGCUGUCGGGACAAAGACUCUGCCCUCCGUGAACGGUUCAUGGAUCUUCUGGAUGUCAGUGUACCGAGGUCCCUGUUCAGUCGCUUGACGUACAUAUGCGGUGUUCAGAACUGGGAACCACUUGCCGACCACAACUGGAUAUACCUUGCCCUCCAUCUGCUUCUUGGUGCAGCAGAUGUGGAUGCACUCGACCGACGGAACUCAUUCAUCCCGCCGACUUCACAAUUCUCUCGUCCAAAAACACAACAAGUUACGCGGCCCAUGCAGCAUCUGGUAUUCCUCGACCCUAAUGCCGCAUACGCCUUAUGGGUCAACUCAUUCUCCGCUGCAUGGUCCUGUCUAUCUCGCAGGGAACAAGGAGAGAUUUCCCUUCAUAUGAUCAACCUCUUGAGUAAAGACUAUCAUAUUAAGCAGUCCGAUGUACGUCCCAACGUCAUUCAAACCCUGCUGAGCGGAAUACUUGAAUGUUCGCCACCAGCAAUUAUGCCACCUCAUCUUGUUAAAUAUCUCGCCAAAACGUUUGGCGCUUGGCACGUAUCCCUCGGACUUCUGACAACAUCGUUGGAGAAUUUAAGGGAUGACGAGCCGAACACUCGUGAUUAUAUCUUUGAUUCCCUCGCGGACCUUUACUCUGAGCUGGCAGAAGACGACCUCUUUUAUGGGUUGUGCAGACGCCGAUCCUUACACCGAGAAACGGAAGUUGCCAUCGCGUUUGAACAAAACGGGAUGUGGGAGCAGGCCAUCACUGCCUACGAAAAUGCGCAAAGCAAGGCCCGUUCAGGUGCCAUACCGUUCUCAGAAUCUGAAUAUUGUCUGUGGGAGGAUCACUGGAUCUUGGCGUCGGAGAAGUUGCAGCAGUGGGAUAUCUUGUAUGAUCUCGGGAGGAACGAGGGCAAUCAUGACCUUAUGCUUGAGAGUGCAUGGAGAACCACGGAUUGGGCCGAGAACAGGGUAGCGUUGGAAGAACAUAUGGCUCAACUUCCUGAGGUCACAACUCCUCGUAGACGAGUAUUCGAGGCUUUCUUGGCGUUGUUGAAGAAUCCUGGUGGGCCUGAAAAGAACGUGGAAUUUACGCGUAUACUUGAAGACGCCAUGCAAAUGACGCUUCGCAAAUGGGUGGCUCUACCUCCUCACUUGUCCACAGCUCAUGUUCCUUUACUUCAGCACUUCCAGCAAUUUGUUGAGCUGCAAGAAGCGGUUCAGAUAUUUGCUUCCUUAUCUUCUACCAACGCACAGAACUUGGAGAAAAAGUCUGCGGAAUUGAAAAUGGUUCUUCAAGCAUGGCGCGAACGUCUACCAAACAUUCAUGAUGACAUAAGCAUUUGGAGUGAUCUGGUCGCGUGGCGCCAGAAUGUUUUCCACGCCAUCAACAAUGCCUACAUUCCUCUCAUUAGCAGUGUCACUCAGGGAGCGACAAAUAGCAAUGCAAACACCUCUGGUUACAGAGGCUACCACGAAACAGCAUGGAUCAUCAAUCGCUUCGCUCACGUCGCAAGAAAACACGAUCUUCUGGAGGUCUGUUUUACCUCAUUGGCUAAAAUAUACACGUUGCCAAAUAUCGAAAUAUCUGAAGCAUUCCUCAAGCUGCGGGAACAGGCAAGGUGUUACUACCAGAAACCCAACGAUUUGCAAUCUGGGCUAGAGGUGAUCAACAACACCAAUCUGGUGUAUUUCUCUACGGGUCAAAAGGCGGAGUUCUUCACACUGAAGGGCAUGUUUCAUGCUCGCUUUGGUCGUAACGAGGAUGCGAAUACCGCAUUUGGCCAAGCAGUUCAGACCGACAUGAAUCAAGCAAAAUCGUGGGCAGAGUGGGGACGAUAUAACGACCGCAUGUUCAAAGAACAGCCUACCGAGCUCAUGCACGCUGCCAACGCAGUGAGCUGCUACCUCCAGGCAGCUGGUCUCUAUAAAAAUGGCAAGAGUAGGCCACUCCUCAUUAGAGUAUUAUGGCUACUCAGCGUUGAUGAUAACACCUUAACUAUCUCACGCGCCUUUGACACUUAUAAAGGGGACGCCGCGUUCUGGUUCUGGAUAACUCUCAUCCCCCAGCUUUGCACGUCGCUCACCAAUCGUGAGUUCAAGCAAGCUCGAUAUCUGCUGUUCAACUUAGCUAGGCAUUACCCUCAGGCUCUCUUCUUCCAUUUGAGGACAACACGGGAAGAAAUUGUCAACAUGAAGCGAAUGCCUGCUCGUCCUGUGCCACCUCAUGCCAACCAGGCAUCUUCCGCGUCUCCUCAGCGCCCUACUGAAGCGACUAACGGCCAAGACGGUUCAGCCACCGAGGCCACAACUCAAGCACGCCCUACAGACAAUAACGAAAUGGUCGAUUCUCAGCGGGCAACACAAAACGGUGUCCAGAACCCGGAACAGGGAGGUUACCGGCCAACAUGGGAAUGUGUCGAAGAAAUAGUUCAACUUUUGAAGACGGCAUUCCCUCUACUUACUCUCAGUUUGGAGACCAUCGUUGACCAACUGAUAACUCGUUUCAAGCAAACGCCUGAAGAGAACAUGUACCACCAUAUAUUCUUACUUCUAGGUGAUGCUAUGCAGAACUAUACAUUAAGGAUGAAUCAGCACGACGACGACGGACAACUGACCCCUCAGACUGCGACCACGCUGCAGCGUGUGUUUCACGGAUUACCUCCAGGUCAAACGAAGAAAGACUGGGAGGAAGAUUUCAUCAGCAACAAAAUGUCACAUUAUGAAUACAUACAGCGUUUACAGCGUUGGAGGAAUAAAUACGAAGCCUUGUUAGACUCUCGACCUUCGCGACCGAGUUUGGACAUCUUGAGCCAUUACCUGACGGAGUUCCAAUACAAUAAGGUGGAUGAAAUCGAAGUGCCAGGGCAGUACACCGAGGACAAAGACAACAACCAGAACUUCGUUCGAAUACAGCGACUUGACUCCAAAUUCGAAUACACGAGGUCUCAGGGGUACUGCUGGAGGCGAAUCACCAUCAUUGGCAGUGACAAUUCGAAGACGUCGUUCACAGUGCAGAAUCCUUAUCACCGGACCUUCCGUCGAGAAGAAAGGGUGACCCAAAUCUUCCGAAUGUUCAAUGGUGUACUUGCACGCAAAAAGGAAAGCCGAAAACGGAACCUCUUUUUCCAUAUCUCUGCCACUGUUUCAUGCUGCCCAAACGUUCGCCUCUACCAGUCAGACUCGUCCUAUAUUUCCUUCUCGGAUAUCCUCGACCUGCAUUGUCAACAAGCGGGUAUCUCCAGGGAAGAUCCCAUCCUGUUUUCAGGGGAGAAAGUGAGGAAAGUCUUACGUGAAUUUCGUCAAACCAACGGUCGUACGCUUAACAAGGUUGACUACCUCACCUUGAAGAAGGGUAUCAAUGACGAGGUGAUCGCGAAGAUGGUUCCAGACGAUAUCUUCACUCGGUAUAUGGUACGCACAAUGGCCGGACCGGGUAAUCUGUGGAGAAUGCGGAAGCAAUUUGCUUUGCAACUCGCUUCCGUCAGUUUCAUGACGUAUCUCCUUUGCAUCGCAAGCAGACAACCCUCUCGUUUCUCCGUAUCUCGUUCUAGUGGAUUGAUAGCCAUGACAGACCUUUAUCCUGGCUUAUCGAGUCAGCAAGCCGUUUUCGCAACCAACGACGUUGUUCCGUUUCGACUCACUCCGGCCCUGCAACAUUUCCUGACGCCAAUAUUCAUUGAGGGUAUCCUGACAUCCUCAUUGAUGGCGAUGGGGCGUUCGUUGACAGAACCUGAGUUCUCCUUGGAGCAACAGCUGUGCUUGUUUGCCCGCGAUGAGGUAUUUGGGUGGCUGAAUCAACAGCAACAGCAUCAACGCCAGAACCCUCAGAAUCCGAACCCUCCCAGCGCACCGAUAGCUGUAGACCUUACAUUCCGACAAUACGUCGCAGCCUUAAUCGAUGGGGUUGUAAGUCGCGCCGAAACUAUGGCAUGUAAGGUCGAACGAGAACAGGUCAAUCUCAGCCCCGUGGACGAGGAACUGAUACUGACAUCAACUUUGUCCUUGCAGGCGCUUCACGGUCUACCAAUGUCAACUCCAGUGAUUAGCACUGUGGUCAAUCUGAUUUCAAGUGCCAUGAACCCAGUCCAGCUGACCAAAAUGGGCGAUAUGUAUAUACCUUGGUUUUGA